CAACAAGGCAUUGUGUUCAUUAAUACCUACUGAAUCAUAUGCAAGAGUCGUGUCCUCCCCAGAGCCAGGGGACGGGAAGGAUGUUGUCUACAGGUGGUGCAGAGGAAGGGGUGGACAUCAACAGCCUGAAGGGCCUGUUGCAAGCCGAACAUGAACAGGUUCAGAAUCGGACUUUCACAAACUGGGUUAAUGCACAGUUAGCAAAGCACAAGUCUCCGUCAGUUAUCCAAGACUUAUUCCAGGAUCUUCGGGAUGGACACAUACUCUUGGAUUUACUGGAGGUUCUCUCAGGCCAACAGAUGGAGCGUGAGAGAGGACGUUCCAAUCCUGUUCACUGGAGGAGCAACAUCGAAACAGCCCUGAAAUUUUUAAGGAAGAAAUCGAUAAAGUUGGUGAACAUUAAUGUCCCGGACAUUGUGGAGGGGAAGCCAACCAUCAUCCUGGGGCUGAUCUGGUCCAUUAUAUUACAUUUCCACAUUGAGAAACUCACCAGAGGACUUCAGUCUGUCUCCAGACAGACCCACGUGGAGCCUCCGCCCGGUUUUAAAUCCUCACCGACAGCACCACCUUCAAGGAAACGAAAAGCAGCGAGGCGGGCAAGAUUGAAAAUGUCAGCAAAAAAGACCUUACUUCAGUGGGUUCAGGAAAAGGCAAAGGAACUGGGUAUCAAUGUCCAAGAUUUCAGCAGCAGUUGGAGAAGUGGCCUGGCUUUUGUUGCCAUUAUCAAUGCCCUUCGACCCGGUCUGCUUGACCCACAGGAGUUCAAGUACAAAACUGACAAGGAGAAUCUGGAAAUGGUCUUCAAGGUGGCGGAGCAGGAACUGAAAAUACCCAAACUGUUGGAAGUACAAGAUGUGGAUGUCAGCAAUCCCGAUGAGAAGUCGAUGAUAACCUACGUGUCCCAAUUCCUGCAGUAUUCUGAGGAGCAGCUCACAGCCAAGGAUGAAGCAGAGAUACGGACACAAUCUCACUGUUUGGUGAGCACAGAGGCGCUGGGUGCCAGGCCAGAGCACUGGGUGUCGGAGGAUGACGUCAAGAGGGACUUUGAAGAAUCGAGGAUACGGAUCGACGCCUGCAUUGAGGGAGCUAUGCUGUUCCUCAAGGACAGAGGGUCGCCAGAGGAAGUCAUUACCAAGCACCAGGAAACAUUGAAGAAUUUUGAUUCUGGGACCUUUGAACGUUUUCUGGAGGCAACCGAUAAAAUCAAAACUGUCUUAACCCCUCAGAAGAAACAGUUUGUUGAGGAAAUGAGGGAGCAGGUCAGCCAAAACUGGGAGGUGGUGUGUUCAGCGGUUAAAUCACAACUGCUUCAGAUGAAGUUUAAGAUGGAACACAAUAAGUUUACUGAGGCCCUUGAGGAGUGUAGGAUCCAGCUGGGAAUGGACAGCUCCCCCCUGCAGCCCCAUCCUGCAGGGCACCAGAUGUUCUUUUGUGAAGGCAGCAGUUUGACUCAAGCUGAACAACAUCUAGCAGUGAUGAGGCAGCUGUGUGAGAGUAUGUCCAACGACAGAGUUGAUGCUGAAACCAUAAAGGCGGAACUUCAAGCCUGUGACCAGUGUAAGACUGAACUGGAUGAACACGUCUACAAGAGGCUUUCGUGGAUUCAUGGCUCGGUUGGGUCACCUGUGACAGGGCUGCGAUCGCUGAAUGACCUGAACGCUGAACUGCAGUCGAAAGCAACGGAGCUCAGUGAGCUGAGGGUCCUGACAGAGCAGCUGGCUGGGGUGAGCUCUGCAUUCAGAGGAGAAGCACAAGAGGGGCUACACGCAGCAGAGAAAGCUUGGGAAGAGACUGAGAGGGACAUUCAUGAUUGCCAGGAUCAGUGCUGUGUGUUGGUGACCUUCCUGAGGGAGUUUCAAAACUACAAAAAGGAACUCGCAUCCACAAUUCAGAAAGGGGAGCAUGUCACUCCAGGAAGCUCGUCUUACCUGGGCAAAGAAAAGCUGCAGAGACUAAUGAGUAACAUUGAAGAAGUCAAACUGGAGUUCAGCAGCCAACAGGAGAAAGUGGAUGAAUUGAGGAAGAUUUGUCGCCACCUGCAGUCUGAGCUGAGAAAAUUUAUAGGCAGUGGGUCCCUACCAUUCCAGAGAGAAGUGGAUGAACUGUUGGAUGGAUGGUUGGAUGUGUCGGAGAGGCUGGACGCUUACAGCUCCAGCCUGGAGCUCGCCCUGAGUCUAUGGGAGGACCUAGCAGAGAGCGGUUCACGGAUGGAAGAUUGGGUGAAACGGUGUUUGGAAACCCUGAGGGCAAGCGUGAGUGGACGAGAGCUCACACUGCUGGAGGAUGAGAUUCAGUUCCAGGAACAAGAAAUCCAGAGCUUCCAUGAGAAAGCGGUGAGAAUUCAGGAGCUGCUCGAAUGGGAGGCAGUCCCACUGGAAUUCCAGGUGGUGGAAUCGACAGUGAGGAAGAAGAUGGAGCAGGUGAAGCACAUCAAAGACCAACUGAGCACCAGGGUCGAGGAGCCGAGUGGUGGUCUGGCUCAGUCACGGGUCAAGAUUGAGCCAAUGGAAGCUUCAGUCACAAAUCACAGCAGGAAACAAAACCUCCGAUCCCUUCGUGACCCACAGGGUGGACCGCCUGCCUCAGGACCCAGGGUCAGAGGUCAGCAGGGUUCCCCACGUAGUCUGGGUGAACACGAGGAGCUGGUGCAGAGCACAGAAGACCCCAGUGAUGAUGAGAUCACACCCACAGCGGAGGAAUUGUCUCAGGCUCCCUGUGUGGUACCCGAGCAGAUCCAGGAGCAGGACACAGACCCACAGCGCAGAAAAGAUGAAACAAUCAAGGAGGGGACAGUGGCGAAAAGACACAGAGAGUCCCAGCUGGUCCAGACAGAAGGGGAUCAGAGCAGACAGUCUGCUGCCAAAAACCUACCGGAUUCUUUCGAGAUGGAGCAGGAGGAUGUGGAAAAGUACCCGGAGAAACUGAGAGAAUAUGUGACAAGCUGCAGGCAACUCUCAGGCUCCCUCGACACCCUGGAAACAGCCCUCAAAGACUCCGCAGCACAGAUCCCGAUGUCCUAUAAAGCGGCAAUUGAGCAAGUGGAAAGACAGGCGGCGCUGGGAAGAGAAAUCAGUUCGCUCGAGAUGAAGAUGUUGGAUCUGAGGGAGAGAGCCAAGGAUUUGGAAAGGAUGGGGGAAGCAGGCAGUGAGGGACCUGUCAGCCAGGCUGUGUCCGGACUCUGGGAUCACUGGCUCUGCCUCCAAGGCUCUGCGAGAGAGCAGGAAUUCCACUGCACAGGCCUGAGACAGGAAUGGAAAACCAUCAGUGAGCAGAUUGAUCGAGCUAUCAUCGUCCAGGACCAUCUCCCAGAUGAUUUGCCUGAAGGUCCGAGGGAACAAGCUACAAAAGCUGAGCUCCUGGAGCUGGAGAAAUCCAUCAGCCAUUACCAUUGUGACCUGAAGGACCAACAAUCAGCUCUGGCCAUCCUGCUGUGCCGGGUGACCAGUGUCCUCGGUGUUCAGGAGGCCUCGGACCCAACUCCAACCGCGCCCGUCCUUCAGGAACUGCGAGCGAUGGAGGGCCGAUGCAGGAGCCUGGAGCACAAAAUCGAGAAGAGUCAGAGGGACAUCGAGGAGGAGGUGCAAGAGCGAGAGAAAACUCUGCGAAAGAUCAACAGUAUUGGGGAUUGGCUGCAGCAAGCGACAUCUCAGCUGGAGAAAACAAAAUUAGACAGUGAUGGAGGGACAGAGGCUGGACUGGAGCAACUCCGAGACACGCUGAACAGCCAGCGCCAAGCGAUGGCGGAGAUCAGUGACCGACUGCAGAGCAGGUACUCUGAGCGGUACACCAGCAUUCCUGCAGAAAUCAACACUCGGAUCCAGGAGACCAGCAGAGCGCUGGGAGAUAUGGAGGCGAAGCUGCAAGCCCUGGGUUCCCAGAACACCCGCAGCCAGGAGCUGAACCUCAGGAUCGCAGCCAUAAGGAGUGGACUCCAGAGUGUAGAGAAGAUGCUGCAGCAAAGCAGCAAAUCCCACAGUGAGGCAAAGGCACAGCAAAAGAGGAUCUGGAGUGGGAUCGAUAAGUGGCACUCGGUCCUUUCACAGCUUGAUGCAGAGGUACAGGAACUGGCAGAGCAAGAUCCCGAGCAGGCUCAGGAACUGAUGGAGAGUCUACUGGAACCAUUCCAGCAGCAGCAACAUGUAUCCCGCAUGGCAGAGCAGAGAACAGCCUUACUGAACAAGAUUCCUGAGUCCCUGGAGGAGUACAGACAGAUAACUGACUCUGCAUCAUCAUGGAGCGAGAGUGCAGAAGAUCUACUCUGCAGCAAGACUGACUACAGCUCCGCCAAGUCCCUCAGCAAACAGCUCCUUGUCUUUCAGGUGAUGGCUGAGAGUGGCAGACAGAAACAAAACACUCUCCAAGACAUUACAUCCAGGCUGAAGGAGCUGUCAGUGAUAUACCAAACUGACAAGAUGAAGCAGCGUCUCGGUGAGCUACAGAAUGGUGUCUCCACCCUACAGCAGACCAUAGACCAGAAGCUCACCGAGAUAAAGCACAUUGCAACGGAGGUUGGUGAUAUCGAGUCUGAAGUGAAAUUCCUUGAAAAUAAACUUUCGAAGAUUAACACUAUCCUGUCCUCCGUUGAUCUCUGUGACCUGCCCAUCCAGGUGCAUUUGGAAAACAACCAGGUAAUUGUGGAAAAUCUAGAGGAGAUGAAGGCUCUUGUUGGUGUGAUGAUGGAGUGUAAGGAAUCUCUGGGAUUACCUGAAGAAGUGAUUUGUACGGUUGAGGUCUUCACUAAGGUGGAGCGAGUGAGCAUUGAGCUGAAUCGUUUGCAGGAGUUGACAACACAGCAGGGCACCUUGUUACAGUCACUGUUGGAAAAGCUACAGGAGUGUGAUACAGAAAUGGAGAUGUUACAGCAGGUGAGUGGGGGUGCGUCUUCGAUGGAAGCUCAAUGCGAGAGGUUGGCCAAUCUGACGGAGCGGAGAGAUUCACUGUUGAACAACACGCAGGAAGCGCUGACUCAGCUUGUGCAAGAUGAGCUCAGUUGUGAGCAGCCAGUCACUCAGGACUGUGGACAGGAAGAGCAGUCGUCCACCACACUCUCUGACCAGCCCAGAGACUCGAAGGUAACCUCUGAUGGUAAACUGCCUUCACUGAUGGAGGAGGAGGAUAAUGAGGAAGAUGAGAACAUUGCAGAGUCAGUAAAGAGAAGCCGGACCCCAGUGCCUUCCCUCGAUUCCUCUACAUCGCUGCUGGAGGAUCUCAAUGUCUGCUGGGACCGAGCUGUGGCACUGGAGCGUUGGUUGGAUACGGCCCAGGAGUUGCUGGGAGUGAGUGGCGGGGACUGGGAGAUGCAGCGGGAUGUGGAGGAGCAUCUACAACAGUCACAAAGGAUGCUGCUGGAGAUUGAGCAGAAGAUCUCCCAGCUGGCACAGGCAGGUCAGGAGGAAAGUGGACCUCUCUCGCAUGAGCUCGAGUUACUCUCACUCCGUCUGGGGACGUUAAAAUGCAGCCUGGUGACAUUCCAGGCUAAACUACAAGAUAUACAGAGUGAGGAGCAGGGAGCACAGACCAAAGGGACCACAUCAGCCGAUGGGACUCCCUGCCUUCCACUGACCACUGGUCAGCCAACCUUGCCCACUAUCAAACCCAGGCUUUCAAGACAGGAUAGCCUACAGCAACAGAAGGAGCUGGAAGCGGAGCUGUCAGAAUACAAACACCUCACUGAGUACGUCACACUGCACGGUGACAGGGUGAACCAGCAGAUCCAUAACCGAGAGGAGCAGGAGGCAGCUCAGCCCAUCUCCAGCGGCUCAAGAGACACCCUCCCACCCAGAGAUGUGAUGGCAGCAGAACCUCAGGUUCCCACUGAGGUGACCACCAACAGUGAUCAGGUGGCCGCAAUCUGGCAGCACCUCCAGCGAGAAAUGGAGGGCCGCCUGAGGCUUCUAGAAGAUUCUCUUCGGCAAGGCUUGGGGUCGCAGGUGUCGGUUGCAGCUGGGACUCUGUGUCAUGACCAUGAAAUCUUAUCAACUUCACCACCAGCAGAAGAGGAGCUGAAAUUAUGGAUGACCCAACUCAGAGAGCUGGUCCAAGAGACAGCAACCAUCGCUGUACGGGGAGAGGGGGACAUUAAUCAGGAUGAACGGUUAAAAUUGGAGAAAAGCUUGCAGGAUGCUAUCCUCGGGAUCAGCUGCUGGUCGGAUGCUGUGGAGAGGGGAAUGCCCUCCUACAGAUCAAUAUCCAUCAAAGAGGCAGAAAAGCAGCAACUGUAUCACCAGUUGCUGGCUGAGACCCUGGAGAGAGUUGACCAGGAGCUGGGUGAGCAGAUCUGCCUGCUGUGCCAGGGGGAUGUACCUGGGGACCGGAUCUGCCCCCCGGCACUGGAAUAUUUGGUCGGUUUACAGAAGAGGCUGAAGCUGCUGCAAUCUGCCCAUUCCAUGGUGAGCCACUCGCUGAGGGAUGGAGUGAGUCACAUCACCCAGUACCAGGCAAGGCUGAGGCAGUUCGAGGCUACAUUGUUGGAGACGAGGACUGAUGUUCAGAAACGAUCGCUGGGGUCUGCGAGUCAAAGCCCUGGAGAGAAACUUCAGUUGAUUGAGAAGAUGGAGUGUGACCUGGAUCUCCUUGAUGUCCAGCUGCUGGCUCUGAUUUCAGAAGGAGAACAAUAUGAUGUCGAACUCGCAGCAUCUCUGGAUGUCUAUCCGCUGACGGAGCUCCUCGAUGGUACAAGGCGGUGUGUGAGAGAGCAGCGGGCACAGCUAUGGUACAGCAUACUGCUAGCAGCUCAGUACCAGUGUCUGGUGCAGGGUCUCUCAGGCCUGGUCAACAGUGGACAGGAGAUGGUUACACAGGAAGCAAAGCUACGGACCAACAGCAUUGGGGAAUUACGGAGUCACCUACAGAACUAUAAGCUGUUUUUCUGUAGGUUGGCGAAUCACCUGAUUCUGGCAGAGCAGUUUUCUCAGAACAUUCCAGAACCAAUUGUCACUCGCAACUGGGACCUGUGGCUGGAGCUGGUUGCAGAGGUGUCUGCUGUUCAGCCUCGGGCUCUGCUGCAUGGUGUCCAGAUGGAAACUGCCCUUCAGGCUUGGACAGAAUUCGAGGUGGACCACUCAUUCCUGAUGAAGGAGAUGGAGAUGUUGAACUCUGCAGUCCCUUCUAUUGGGCUAGUGGAGGAGACAGAAGAGAGGCUGGCUGAACGUCUCGGCAACUUUGAGAGAAUCAGGAGCAGCCUCGAUGGGAACCAGGCUCGAGUGGACCAGGCCCUCAGAAAGGGGAAGGCUCUGCUGGACACUGUGAGCAGCCCGGAGCUGGAGGCUCAGCUCAGCACCCUGGAGGAGAGCUGGCUGUCCUUCGGGAACCAGGUUAACCAUGAGCUUCACCGACUGGAGAUGCUUCUAGAACACCAGACACGGUUCCAGCGUGAGCACCACGAGGUGGGUCAGUGGAUGGGGGUGGCCAGGAGCCGCUUGAGAUACUGGGAGCAGGAAUCAACCAGUCUCCCCCCGAAGCCGGAGAUCAGCAGGAACCAGCUCCAACUCUUUGUCGACUUCUGGAAGGAGGUGGAUGGCAUGACCACCUUGAAGACAGCGGCGAUCAGCACAGGGAGCCAGCUGCUGGGCCUGAAGCAGGCCGAGGGUGGUGCGCUCCGAACCCGCUUGACGCAGCUCGAGCACGAGUGGGCACAGCUCAUCACCCGGCUCCCGGGCGUCCAGGAGAAGCUGCACCAGCUGCAGAUGGAAGUGUUACCCUCACGUCAGGCAAUCAGCCAGCUGAGUGCGUGGAUUGGCGAUGUAGAGACCUCGAUACAGGAGGAUGAGGCUGAGGUGCGGGCUCUGGAUAGCAGUGCCCGAGUCAAACUGAUGUUGCAGAAGUACAAGGAUUACCAAAUGGAGGUGAGCUGCAGGCAGCUAACGGUGGAUUUUGUUAAUCAGUCGGUGCUUCAGAUGAGUAGUCAGGAUGUGGAGAGCGAUCGCUAUGAGAAAACAGACUUUGCAGAGUGUCUGGGAGCUCUGAACUUUCUAUGGCAGAGACUGACCCGAAACCUGAAUAGGAAGAUGCUGGAUUUGGAGAUGCUGCUUGAAUCGUGGACAGAAUAUGAACACAGUGUGAAGUCAUUUAGCAGCUGGCUGGAAGCACAGGGGGAGCAGCUGGGGAAGGAUAGGCGCAGCCACACCGCAGUCAUAAAUGCACUGUCCGACUGCCAGGAACUGGGUGAGAGUCUGAAGGGGAAGGAGAUGGAGUUGGAAAGGUUGAGACAUUCAGUUCCUCUGGUGACAGGGAGCAGUGACCCAGAAUCACACACCAACAUCACAAAGGAGCUGGACCAACUGAGUGACUCAUGGAGGAAUCUGGACAGCCAGGUGAGCCAAGUGGAAUCCAUCCUCACUUCCCAGCUACAGCUGUGGACAACCUACCAAGACUCGUAUGAGGAAGUUAACGGGAAUAUUCUGAGGGCUCGAUACUCCCUGGAGCACUGCACACCCCUUAUCAGUUCACUGGAAUCUGUCAGGGCUCAGGUGGAGACUCUGCAGGCACUGCAGGACACACUGGAGUGUGGUGCAGACAGCUGCAGGAUAUUCCAGGAGACUUCACAGCGGCUGAGUCAGGAAUGUAGCCCUCCACUGGCACAGCAACUUGAACAGAAGUGUGAGGACACGCACAGCAGGUGGAUACGUGUUAACCAGGACAUUACAGAACAGCUUCACUCCGCUCGCACUCUGUCCCUGCUCUGGCAGCAACUCAGUGACAUGUACCGGUCCACAAUGGCCAAGGUACAGUGCAGGGAGGAGAGGUGCAGGUACCUGGUGAUGGAGAUCUCAGCAGAGGAUAGUAACCAGGAGAAGCUGCAAACCCAGCUUGUGGAAGUACAGGAAUCGAUGAGUGGGCUCAGGACUCUACAGGAGGAGCUUUCACAGGUAUGCGUAGCUGCAGAUGAAUUGGCCAAACAGAUAGACAGCUCGUCGUCUGCAGCGCUUCGAUCAGAUAGUUGCUAUCUGUCAGGGAAAGUGUCCUGUCUGGAGGGGAUACUGUCAAUGAAGAUACCAGACAUUCAGGAGUUGAUGGAGCAGCACGAGGAUUUCCAGAGAUGUUUACACAGCUUGGAGACUCUGGUGAAUGAGUCAGAGCAGUUACUGAAAUCGGACAGUUCCAGCAGAGAGGAAGCGGAACAUUCCUGUAUGGAGAUAAUGAUGGACCACCUGCUGAGGUUAAGCAGUGCCUCGCUCCGUCUGGAGACUUUGAAGCAUCUGAGCUACCAGCUGCCGCUCAGCGACCUGGAUUACAGGAGAGUUCAGGCCCUGAAUCAGCGGUGGGAACAGGCUCGUGCUACAGCUUGGGACCGAUGCAGGUACUCACAACACAGCCAGCUCCUGUCCUGCUGCCUCCUGCAGCACCGAUUCACCAGAGUGAAAGCUGCAGCACAGAGGGUUACAUUCCCAGACCGGUUUCAGAGACUCAGAGAAUGA